AGCCGCUUCGGCCAGGUCGCCGAGGCCUCGAGCCCACCAGGCCUCGGAGCGCGGCGAUGGAUUGGGCAAGGCUGCCUGAUGCCGCGCUCGAGCGCGCGUUCAUGGGCGCCAUCACCGUGCCGGCAGACAUCUCGGCAUUCCAGCGCGUGGAGCAGCGCCUGCGCCGCGUGGCUACCCCCGCCGCGUGGGCCGAGGCGGCGGCCAUGGCACACCUCGGCACGGCCGUCUGCGCCGCGCUACGCUGCAGCGGCGGCGGCGCACCCCCCGACUGGGCCCUGGCGCUGCAGCGAGCCGCAGGGGGACGCCUGCGCUGCUUCGAGGCGCCCGCCGCCAUGCGCAGCCACGCGCAGCGUGCCGACCGCAGUGGGCACGCCGCUGCCGUGGUCCAGGGCGACUGCCUGGCCGUCUUCGGCGGCGCUCAGCGCCAGAGUCUUGGCCGGGACCCGGCGGUGCUGGAGCACCCACGAACCGCCGUGGCGGAGCUGGCGGUGCUGGACCUGCUGAGGGGGGCCUGGCUCGAGGUGCAGGAGCAGGGAACCUGUAGCCCCGCCCCCCGCGUGAGACCGACGCUCACGCCGAAGGGCCUUGACGGUGCGAUCCUAGUCGGAGGCCAGACUUUCAGUGGGCCGGGCGUUGGGUGUCCGUUCGGCGACGUGUGGACGUUAGAGUGCAAAAGAGUGGGCGAGAGCGCAACGCGGUGCCGCUGGGUCGAGGUGACCACGACAGGCUGCGAUCUCCCGAAGCGAUCUUGCCACACAGCCGUGCUGGCGCCCUGCGGCCUGGUCGUCGUGGGCGGCGCUGGUGUCGGCGGCUGCGCCCUCUCCUGCGAGGCGUACUGCCUCACGGGCAACACGUGGCACUCCCCGUCGCAGUCGGGGCUGUUUCCGCCCCAUGGCGCCCUGCACCACGGCUGCUGCCACCGCAACCAGCUGGUCCUGAUCGGCGGCGUGGACGAGGCAGGGUUGCAGCGCCGGGCGCUCGGCAGGCCCACUGACGUGCACGUGCUCUGCCUCUCCAGCUGGGUCUGGGAGCGGCUCGCCCGGCACCCCCUGUCGCCGGCGCUGCACUCGCGGGCCGCGCCGCUGCAGCUGGGCCAGCGCAUCUACAUCAUCGGCGGCGACCCUGGCAACCUGGCAGGAUCUGCGGGAACCAUGGCAGUGCUGCACCUGAGCAGCCUGGGCCCUGGCAAGCGCGGCGACGUCGGCGCCCGCAAGGCAGAGUGGAGCAGCGCGGGGGUGGUGGACGGCACGCCCUACUUCGCGGCGGCGGGGCACAGCGUCGUCGGGGGCGUGCUGCUCGGAGGCCUCGACCGCUCCGACAGGCUUGCGCCAGUGGCGCUGCUGGUGCCGGACGCGUGGCCGUCGGAGCCGCUGCAGCAGGCGAGGCCGGCGCAGCUGUCGCAGGGGCCGCGCUGGUUUCGGCGGCGCUGAGGCUCUUGGCUUCAGAGGAGGAGGAGGAGGAGGAGGAGGAGGAGGAGGAAGGGAUGCCGACACCGCUACCCUUGCCUCGUCGCCACCGCGAGAUUCGGCUCGAUUUCCCAGUCAGAGCGCGCCCC